AUGGAUGAAACGCAACAAUCAACAAGCAUAUUCCCGUUCAAACUUAUCCCCAUUUUGAACAAGACAAUCGGUUCAGCGAAAACUAUGAGCGUUGUUUUAGAGAAGAUGAACAAAGCGUUUGCCCAAGCACCUUUCUUCACCAUUAAAGAAUACGAAAUCGUGCAAAAAUCUUCCGAAGCUGCUGUUAAACGUUUGCGAGUUCCACAACAUUUUAACAGUCCACAGUCUGAUCCAUCACACACUUUCAGUCAAUACGUUUUAACAAUGCAAUGUCCAUGGACACUUCGUAAGGUGACCAAACGCGGUAAAGUUGGACUAAAACAUUCAAAGCUAGUAAAACAGUUAAAUCCAGUAUUAGAUUUUAAUGCAGCUUUAUCACAAGCAUAUGAACGAAGGAUAACUUUGUACCAAGUGCUUGCAGCCCGUCAAGAAGGCCUAUAUGUUUUGUAUAAUGAGAAACACAACGGCAUGCCAGCUUUCAAAGAUAUUCUUGAUAAAAACCCGGAUAAUACGCGUACACUGAUUAAUAUCACCUCACCAGUCACUUUGAAAGUAGUUGCUAUCCAGUGGGAUUACUUACCAUCUUCUGAUGUAUUCACGCCAAGUCCACCGAAGGCACAAUGGUUGAGUGCAAGAGGAAUGGCUUUGCAGGCUUAUCAAGAGUUCUGCCAAUUUAAAAAUCAUCUUGGCCACGUACAUCCUCUGUACACAAUCUUCUGUCUUGCCUUCCGCCGAGAUUUCAACAUCCUACGUCCUUUUUAUGAAGUUUCAUUGCGAAGAAACAACCCCUCACUGUUGCAUAUUGGUGUAGCUAGCUUUUCGACGCAACCAUAUAUGGAAAGAAGAUAUGGAAUGUUUGACUUUGAAACACUCAUGACGAAACGUGGUCUUAGCGAUAAAUUAUUAAGAUAUAGCCCAUUUCGUGAUGAUGGCAAAUUCAUUCGACGUGAAUUAAAAUCAUUUGCUUAUCGAUUGGUAAAAAUAACAUAUAGAAUCGAAUCUCAAUUACUUUGCAAGUAUUACCGUCGUGAUCGUGAUGUCAAAAUGGACAGAGAGCUGGAGAAUUUUGUUAAUGAACUAUCUGUUGAUGGUAUUGGACAAGAUGGUGGCAAAAGAAAGUUCACCGGAUUUCCUUCAUCAUUUCGUUCUCGGCACAAACUGUCACUGUUUAUCAUUAGAUUUUUGUGGUAUAAUAUCAUACAUGCUACAGUUAAUUAUGUGCUUUCUCCUACGUUUUUACCAAUGCUGCCAGUGAAACUGCACAAAGACACAGUUCCAUAUGCAUCUGGGAAGUAUGCACAUUUCUUGUGA